GCAGCAGCAAGCCAGCUCCGGAACCGCCGGAGUGCUCUUCCAUUGUAACUUUACACCACCAACAACGACCUCACAUACCUUCUCAUCCCCGACGUCCCCAGUGUCAUUUCCCCGGAUGGAUGUAUCGUUAAAGGACCCCUUUUGGGGCCCGCAAACCUCCUACUUGAACUUUUGUGAAGAGGAUUAUGUCGUCACUCGCUAUGUGGCUGAAUUCAUCAACACAUGCAGCAGCCUUAUCUACAUCCUCUAUGGGAUCUAUGGUCUGAGCCAGCUUCGAUCCAAGCCCUCUGCAUCCUUCGCACGGGCAAUCCCCUGGUUAGGUCUGAUGGGCGUGGGGAUCUGCUCGGCCGGGUACCAUAUGACCCUGAAAUACCACACGCAGAUGUCGGACGAGCUCUCGAUGCAUCUGUUGACCACACCCCUGGUGUAUCGGGUUCUCACCUUCCAGGUGAGCCCGCAGUGGCGGCGCCUCAUCGGCAUCGUGCUCGCCCUGGAGUUCACCACCGUCAUGGUCGUCCACAUGGUCAUGGACGAGUUCCUGCUUCACGCCGUGACCUUCGGGGCGGGGGCGUUGCUCAUCGCGCGACGGACCAUGCAGAACAUUUCGCAUCAGAUUCCCAACCCGGUGAUCAAGCAGAAGACCCGUAACAUCGGGCGGUUCGGUAUAUUCUGUUUCCUCUUCGGCUAUUUCGCCUGGCUGGUCGAUGUGUGGGCGUGCAACCACCUGACCCGCAUCAGGGAGCUGGUCGGCGCGCCGGUCGCAUUUUUCUUUGAGCUGCAUGGAUGGUGGCACUUCUUCACGGCCAUAGGAGCCUAUGUGGCGGUCGCGGUGGUCGAUAUGAUCACCUCGGGUGAGGUGCACACCGACCCCUCGCCCCAGCUCGCCUGGCCGGUCUCGCUUGCCGCCCGGCUGAUGGGGCCUGAUGAAGCGCAGACGAAGAAACAACAUUAGGAGGUCGUGUUUUCUUCAUAUCAGUCGAGACGUGAGCGGGCGAGGUGCUUCAUGUUAUCGUGGUGUAUACAUUAGACGAUAUAGCCAGCUUGGGAUGGCGGGCGUGUUCCCCGUGACAUGCGUCCAUGGCAGCUUUUUGGGGGGUGGUGAAGGUGGGGGUAAAAGAUAGGUCUGAAGAUAUUGGCGGAGAAUUUCCGUCCAUAUGGGAAGGGAAACUCUUGUGCAUCAAGUGUGUUGGCUAGCAUCAGUGCAACUCAGUAGGUAUUAGCCUGGUAGAAUAUCAGAAUCUUGAAUCCUUAUCACCG